AAGAGAGAGAGAGAGAGAGAGAGAGGGGAAUCUGGUGCCAGCGAUGAAGUAGAAGGAUCAAAGCUUUCUCUCUCAGGUCAAAGCUGGCAUUUCUUGUUUAAAGCCCUUCUUUCUUUUCUCCUCCUCCUAUUUACACCACACUCUCUCUCUCUCUCUUCUCUCUCUUUCUCUCUCUAUUUCUUCUCUCUCUAGCACAAUUCACAGAUUCAAUUCUCAUCGUGAAGAUUUUUCGAAUCAAAGAUGAAGAGUUGUUAAUGGUUGAUUGUUGCAAUCCACUAAUGGCUGUUGCAUCUCCGUCUCUCGCCGGCGGGGAGAAGAAACACUGGUGGCUCACCAAUAGAAAGAUGGUGGAGAGAUAUGUCAGGGAAGCUAAAAUGUUGAUUGCGACACACGAGCAGAGCGAGAUCGGCGCGGCGUUGGGUCUAUUGGAGGCGGCGCUUUCUGUGGCUCCUCGUAUGGAGGCGGCGCUGGAGAUGAAGGCGCGGUGCUUGCUGUAUCUCCGACGGUUUAAGGAGGUGGCGGAUAUGCUGCAGGAACACAUUCCCAGCUUAAAAAUGGCGAUCUCCGACGAUUCAUCGUCGUCCUCGGCGUCAUCGGAUAACUCGUCCACCCAGCUGUCUAGGGAGCGAGUCAAGCUUCUUUCCUCCGGUGGCGACUCACUGGGUGAGGACGAGCCGGCGUUCAGGUGCUUCUCUGUAUCAGAUUUGAAAAGGAAGGUUAUGGCCGGCCUCUGUAAUAACGUCGAAAAGGAAGGACAAUGGAGGUACUCUGUACUGGGUCAAGCAUGUUGCCACCUCGGCUUGAUGGAGGAAGCCAUGGUGCUCCUCCAGACCGGCAAGCGCCUCGCCACCGCCGCCUUCCGCCGGGAAAGCAUUUCCUUCUCCGACGACAUCUUCUCCUUCAACAAAUUCCCCCACUCCGGCGAAAAUUUCACCAACAACCAGACCCAAACCCCUCCCAAAUCCGAGUCGGAAAGCAUCUCCCACCUCCUCUGCCACAUAAAACUCCUCCUCCGCCGCAAGACCGCCGCACUCGCCGCCCUUGACGCCGGACUCUACGCCGAAGCUAUCAGACACUUCUCCAAAAUCCUCGACGGCCGACGAGGAGCUCCUCAGGGCUUUCUCUCCGAAUGCUACGUCCACCGUGCAUCAGCUUACAGAUCUGCCGGAAGAAUCGCAGAAGCCAUAGCAGAUUGCAACAGAGCCCUAGCUUUAGACACUUCCUCCAUUGACGCUCUCACCAUUAGAGCCACUCUGUUCGAAACCAUAAGAUGUUUGCCAGACAGUCUCCACGAUCUGGAGCAUCUGAAACUGCUGUACAAUUCAAUCCUCCGAGAUCGAAAAUUGCCAGGCCCUGUUUGGAAGAGGCAACAGGUCCAGUAUAGAGAAAUUCCGGGGAAAUUAUGCUCUUUAGCUACGAAAAUGCAGCAAUUGAAGCAAAGGGUAGCUGGGGGCGAAACGGGCAAUGUGGACUAUUACGCGUUGAUUGGAUUAAGAAGAGGAUGUUCGAGAUCGGAACUGGAAAGAGCGCAUUUGCUUUUGAUGUUGAAACACAAGCCCGAUAAAUCUUCUAGUUUCAUUGAUCGGUGCGAGUUUGCUGAUGACAAAGAUGUUGAUUCAGUGAGGGAUCGGGCGAAAAUGUCUUCAUUGUUGCUGUAUAGAUUGAUUCAGAAGGGAUACACUAAUGUAAUGUCCGUGAUUCUUGAUGAAGAGGCGACCGAGAAAGAAAGGAAGAAGGCGGCAGCGGCAGUGGCAUUGCAGGCGGCCGUUUCAGUACAACAGGUUCAUGAGGUGGUGCCGCCCUCUGCCGCAAGAGUUGAGCCAACUCCAGUGGCGGCAGCUGGUAAUAGUAACAGAAUCGACAACAAAUCCGCGAGAGUUGAGGCUACAACACAAACACAAGCAUCGGUUUUUCAGGGAGUAUUUUGCAGGGAUCUUGCGGUGGUUGGGAACUUACUAUCUCAGACGGGGUUUAAUCGACCGAUUCCAUUAAAAUAUGAAGCAUUGAGCUGUUGAAUUUGGAUUAAUUAGUGUUAAUUAUGGUGAUGCAAAAAAAAAGGAGGGUGGGGGGUGGGGGGUUUGAAUAAUCUUAAGUGCUUGAGCAGCAGCAGCACUUUUGAAAAAUGUUAAUAUACCGGCGGGAGAAUCUUGAAUUUAUUUUUGUGGCAUUAUGUACAAAUUGGAAAACUUGUGGUACAACUAUCUAUCCUAAUCCGCCUGGGGAAAAUUUUGUUUACUAGUAGUAGUGCUGCUGCUUCUGCUUCUGUCUUGUAUUUUCUUCUUAUUCCCUCUUCCCUCCCCCACUUUUUUAUUUUUAUUAUCUAUUUUUGUAGCUUUGGUA